GCGGCGCGUCUCUAUACGCGGCAGGAGGAGAGCAUGCUGCUGCGGCGCCUGCUGGAGGAGGAGGGCCGCGCGCGGCUGACUGGCCGAAGCCUCUGGCGCCAGAUCGAGGCCGAGCGCUGCGUGCCCGGUCGCACGUGGCAGUCGCUCAAGCAACACUAUCUGGCGGUGAUGGAGCCCCGCCUGAACGAGUACGGUUCGCUGACAGAGCUGCAGCGCAGCUGGCUGCGCGUGCCGGCGCCGCUGCUGCGCCGCGGCCGCCGUCGGCCGUACGAGCGCGAGGAGGACGUGGCCAUCCUGCGCUUCUUCAUGGAGGUGCCGCUGCGUGUGCGUGGGGUGCUUGGCCGGGCCAUCUGGCAGGAGGCGGAGCGCGCGCUGGGGCCGGGCCGCACCUGGCAGUCACUCAAGGAGCGUUUCCUCAAGUCUAUCGUGCCCAACUGCAGGUCGUACACCGGCGAGGACGUGCCGCAGUCGUUCUGUGAUGAGCUGCAGCGCAUGCUGCUUGUUGGUGAUGAUCCGGACCGUUCUUAGCGCGCCACGCUCCGCUGGUCGCCGGCUGCAGCGGACGCAAGGUGUCGCCCCGAGCGGUCGCGUGCUGUUCAGCUCGGGCUGUGUGUGUAACGUUUGUAGUCCGACAGUUGUACAAAGUUGAGUGCGCUGCAGACGCGUAAAAAUGUUUGGUGAUCAAUAAGUCAUCUUUGGAAGGUUUUUAUGAUGUUCCAAGCUGCAGGGCCGGAGUGGGUGUUUUUCGCUUGGGACUGGCACCACCUGUAGGGUUGUAAUGUACGCGGUAUGUGGAAGUUUUCACAGAAGUGGCGCACAAGCGCGGAUCUGGCUUACAUAUAAGUGCUGCCGUGUAGCCUCUGUUCGUGCUCAUACUUCGAAAGCCGUUGAUCACGGUGAUCGUCGCGGUCAGAAGUGUCUGCGCCUUUCCAUUCUCGUUGCUGUAACCGAUGGACCGGAAAUAUAUGAGCACGGGACA